GUCAGUUGGACGUGUGCCAUUGCUCACUCAGUGCGUGUGUCGGUCAGUCGUAAGGCAACUACAUACCCACGCCCCCACUACACAAAACGUCAAAAACUCGCCGCCACACGCCAAUCCACACACACGCCACGGAAAACACGCACACACGCCUCCUCUCCUGUCCCCCUCACGCCGCAUGUCCAUCAGUUGGUGGCCGGCUCUCUCUCAGGAGCAUCGAUGGCAUACCGCAUCAAAUCCUCCAGCUUGAUUGUCCGCAACGCGUUCUCGUGCGUAGCCUUCAGCACAACUGUGAAGUCAAAAGACAAGAGGGCAGAUACAGCGUGUGUGGCGGUCUGUUGUGCGCUCGUUCUCUGUAUACGCACUCGGGGGAGCCACCCCAGCUCUGAGAGCCUCGGCCCAUCGGUCAGCACACAGGCACCAGCGGUCACCCGGUCGCAGCCCCGGGAAGUGGGGAGGAUGCGGCGUCGACAAAUCGUUGCCUGCAGGCAGGCAUGCAGGCAGGCAUCACAUCAAGCAGCAGACACGAGUGGGCGCACCUACCUUGGGCUCUCGUGUAGGCGAGGAACUCUGCCGUCACCUGUGCGCACACCACAUGGCGACCGAUGUCCAUCGGCCCCGUGUUGCAGAACCCAUCCCUGCAGGCAUUCACAUGACAGGACCGACACACACUCAACCGAAGAUGUACGUCUUUUCUGUCCUCUUCUUAUGGCAAAAGGGCGUACCUGUGGAAGCCAGUCAUUGGCGACGUGCAGCAGCACUCCAGUUGGCCGCCCAACACGUUCUUCGCACCAGUGUUUGUCGUGCCCAUGGAGUAUGUUGCCGACGAAAAGAGAGCAGCCGGCCGAAGAAAGGCUUUCGAAAUCGUGCGUGUGUGCAGCAGCACAGGGAGAUGCAUGUAUGUGCUGCC